AUGUCUUUCAUCGACAGAAUGACGACUCGACUUCACAAUAUUGAAAUGGGCUUCGCUGAACUAAAGCCCCUUAUGGACAAACUCAGCUCCAACCGCAAACUCAUACUACUGGAAUUUGCAAAACCUUGUCCAUCUCCAUACUUCCUAGAAGCAAAUACUGGACUAGCUCCCGGUGGGCAAAUAGUGACAGAUAUCGAGAUUAUCAAAGGAGAGGCGCAUGCUGAGCAGGAAGAGAUCAUGGAAAUGGGGUUUGAGAGCCUUUAUGGACUGAGCUACAUCUACGCAGAUGAUCUAAAGGAAAUUGAAAUCAUCGAGAUUGCUAAUAUUUACGCUGACCUGCAAACUGUGCGUCGGAAGAGUGACCGGAAUGACUAUUACAUCUUGAUGUGUCGACAAGUCAUCAGUCACUGGCUUUCUUGGGUUGAAGGGCAGAAGAUGGGAGAUGACCCGUUUGGGCCUUCUUUUACUUCGCGAGGGAUCUAUGAGAGGCUGGUCAUUGACUUGGGACAUACUUGGUAG